AUGGCUGCAACACGGUCGUCCCCUCGCACCCUGUCUAAGAAUAAAGGGGUUGGCUCAUCAGGUACCGAAGGCAUUGUUGAUGGCUUAGAUCAUGCACAUAAGGCGAACUGGGAGAAUGCAGCGACAAAAAUCUUUUUACAGUGUAUUAGGGACGCAAUAUUAGCGGGCCGUCGGGAAGGUACAACCAUAACCAAAACAGGGUUCAAUGAAAUUGCACUCAAAUUUGCUAAGUGCACGGGUAGACGUCAUGACAUUACACAGCUUAAGAACAAGUAUAGUAGUUUGAAAAAGGAAUGGCAGACUUGGAACAAGUUGAUGGAUAGCAGUAAGGGUGUGACUAGCAUUGGGUUUGACAGGGAAACCGGGUUGUUCACAGCGUUGGAAGAGUGGUGGGAGAAUCUUAAAUCGACAAAUAAGAUCGCUUACAAAUUCAAGACGAAACCAUUGGACCAUGAAGAUUUGAUGCGUGAAGUAUUCACCGGUGCAACGGCGACUAGCAAACACCAUUGGACACUGGGGGAGAAGGCUGUGGAUGUUGGCGAAGGUGAAUCAGACUCAGUGGACUCUCCUGGGUUGGCACCAUUUACCGAGCCAUACAGACCGAUCGUUAACUCAGCUCCAAACUCCCCCACCGUCCAGCUUGAAAAAGCAGACCCCGAGACAAAGAGGAAGAAGGAAAGUAGCACUAGUGGAAAGUCGAAGAAGGUCUCUACUAGAGCAUCGGUUCUUGCGGACAGUUUUCACCAUCUGUCUAAGGCGGUUGAGGCACAGAAGCGCCUAACGGUCAGGCACGGAACUGGUGCAUCGCAGAAGUAUGGCAUUGAGCCAUGUAUGCAACGGCUUAUGGCUAUCCCGAACUUCAUCAGCACCCCACUGUUCCAUUUCGCCUGCACUGCGUUAGAGAACACGGAUUACCGGGAAAUAUUGAUGUGCAUGCCAAGUGAUGAGAAUGUAGUCGGUUGGCUUGCGGUAUUGCAGGUUUCAAAAGGCCUGAGUCAUCAACGAAUAAUGUGGAAAUGUCAAAGUAGCAACUAUAGAAAUUACGAUGAUGUAAUCAUUGAACUCGCAAAGGAGAAGAAGACCUACAAAAAAGCAUAA